UCCAAAAUAAUCUUUGUUUAUUAGGACCAAUCAAGUAUGAAAAUAACAAGAUAAAGCUGAGCUGUCAGUCUGACGUCACUCACUCAAUAAUCAAUACAGUAAAAACACAAAAACCGUCACUGAAGAUGCGUUUGAUUAUCGGUGUUCAGUGUGAUCACAGAAGAGACGUAGAAACAUAUUAAAACACUGUCAGCUGCUUCAGAAAAACAGAAUAGAAUCAGAACCAGAGAUUCAACAGCGCGCAGCAGAACCUUUAUCAGAUAAUCAAACAUUAUUACCUGGAAAGAUCCCAACAUGAAAGUAUUGAUGACACAAAUCGAUCCCCUCGAUCAGAACCAACACUGGAUCAUAGUAACCCUGGUGCUGGUUCUUGUUCCAGUGAAGGUGGAGCUCCUGAUGAAGUUUCCACAGAAAUAAAGAUCGUGUGCUCACGUUUUAUUUUGAAGGCGCCUACAGGAAUGUCGUGCCGUCAUUGCUGCUGACGUCAUCUCGCUGUGUCUGUCAGCGUGCAGGGGGCGGGGCCUCCUGGACUCGUUGUGGAGUUGCGGUCAGUCCGGACGGAGCUGCAGAAGGAGCGGCAGCAGGACGGAGCUCAGGCCGCCGAACCGCUUCACUCUGACGGAUCCUCUCUCCGCUGCUGCCCCGCGACAAGCUGGGAUUUACCUGGACCGGAACCUGACUGGACCCGGAACUCACUACCGGAUUAAAUGAGCUGUUUGUCCGCAGCAGGACCAUCAGACCACCGGUUGAUUCUGGAGCUGCAGAGGAGACAGUCUGAGGACCGAGUUCGGACUGCACAGUUUAACCCUGUUUGUGAACCAAGGUUCGGUCCCCAGGGUCUGUUUAGACCAGUGACUGGACCAGGUGAGUGUCUCCGGGUGGUUCUGAUCCGACCUGCUCCCUCUUUGUGCGGCACAGGUCCUCACAGUGACCCGCUGCUCCGCCCCGCACCAUGCCGUUCACGCCCCGCAGACUUUCUGGACCCUGAUGAUCCCGCACAGAACCUGAUGAUCCCGCACAGACCCGGACUCACACCGGACAGUCUGACCCAGGACAUGCUGCUGUCCGCCGCUUCCAGGCGGGACAGAGCUGCCUCGGACGCGGAGCUGCGCUCAGUUCGGGAGCGGCUGGAGGCCACCGUGUCCGGGCUCGGGGAGCUGGAGUUCCUCCGGCAGCGGCAGGAGGUGCUGGUCCGGUCCGCUCUGGCGGUCCGAGAGGACGUGGUGGAGGAGGAGGAGGAGGAGGAGGAGGAGGAGGCUCAGCUGAACACAGAAGAGAAGCUGCUGGAGGAGAACAUCCUGCUGCUCCGGAAACAGCUGAACUGUCUGAGGAGGAGAGACGCUGGACUCAUCAGUCAGCUGCAGGAGCUGGACCGACAGAUCAGCGACCUGCGGUUGGACACCGAGGCGUCACACGACCUGCUGGAGACCGACAGCCGACCCAGUUCAGGGUUCUAUGAGCUCAGUGACGGGGCGUCUGGCUCUCUGUCUAACUCGUCUAACUCGGUCUUCAGUGAGUGUUUCUGUUCGAUGGCCGACGCUGACGGACGCUUCCUGUCUGCAGAUGAGCUCGCCGGCUGUCUGGAGUGUGACGGGAUGGUUGGAGGAUUUUGUGAUGACUCCUCUUCGUCUGGUAUCGUCCGACGCUCCCUCUCAGCUCCUCAUCCUCCCCUCCUCGACCCCGUCUCCUCCUCUGACUCGCAGUCUAAGUACCACUGCGACCUGGUGGCCCGGAACGGCAGUGACGUGUUCCGCUACCCGAGUCCACUGCAUGCUGUGGUUGUCCAGAGUCCUGUCUUCCUGCAGAUGCUGGGUCAAGGCGGUCCCAGCAGAGAGGCUGGUGUGGAAGGACUCAGACCUGAGCCUCCUUGUCCAGCUGCUCUGGUACCUCAGAGCUCCUCCUGGCCGGCUCCCUCUUCUUCCUGCCUCACUCCUUCCCACAAGCGGCUGGACAGCUACAUCUUCAGUCUGCUGCAGCGCCGGGCCCUGCCUGUCAGGACCAACAGACCCAGGACCAGCAUUAGCACCGACCCGUCUAAGAGCAUCCUGAGGCAGGCCAGUCUGUGUGUGAGGCAGGGGGCUGGUUUAGGGACUCUGAGGGCAUCUGAAGUCAAACCCUGCCGGCUGGCUGGAGGAGCAGAGAGUGCUGCCGCCUCGUCUCCUCAGUGGCAGAAGUCUGUGGAGAGCAGACUUGAGGAGCAGAUCACACAAAAUGGUUCCUCUGAUGGUGCCAGGAUUCACAACACGGCCAUGGCCCAAAAUCAGAGCGGCUCUUCUCUGACUAAUGGCAUCCAAAACAACAUUAACGUGAGUACUAACAGUCUGCUGAAGAAGAAAAACAAAAGGCCUCUUCCUCCCUCAGUGUCCACAGCGACUCUGCCCAAAGACUUCAGGGAGUUGGCUGGUCCAAAAGUUAACUCCUCCCCCAAAGAGACCAAGCCACCAUGUUUCCCUCCUGACCAUGAGCUGCUCCUCAAAACACAAUCAGUGACUCCCAAGAGCCUGAAACCUCUGCAGACGGAGGGCGUUGAUCGAUCAGUGCAGGAGAGAGCCAGUGUAGGUUCCUCGUCUCAGAGUCAGGACGAAGCAGGAGGAGCAGGAGGAGAAGGAGGAGGGAGUCACAUGACCGACGCCAAGUGCGUCCCUGCCCAGCGGCAGAACGUUAAACUCCGCAAGGGCAGCGGCAAGAACGGCAAGACUUUCAGAGUGAAGACGAGUCGAGCCUCUGAACACAACGAGCCGUCAUCAGAGAGACGAGGAGAUAAAUCCUACUACAGGUCCGGCUCUAAGAAGUCCCGCCUGCUGGACGAAGGAGGUUCUGUUCACAUUAAAGUCUCCAGGAGAGCAGCCGGUGGUGGCGGUGCACACGGGACAUCCUCCUCCAGAAUCAAACGCCUCCCUGCGUCUAUUCCUGAGGGACGAAUUCUGGACAAACACAACAUGUCAACACUGAGCAGCGCACGCUCAUCCAGACACCAUCACCAUGGAAACCACCACCACAGCAACGGUAACCACCACCACCACCAUCUUCACGGACGCGAGCAAGUCGUCAUCGUUGCCAAACCGAAGUACAAACGGAACUAUUACCGGCGGUUGCGAGCAAUCAUGGAGGUGCCAUACGAUGAGGCGUUCAGGCGUGUUCAGCGGCGGCAGAGGAAGGAGCUGUUAGGUCCAUCUGCCACUGAUGGACAGCUGAGCAGCCCGUACGCCUACGUGGCAGGAAGUGACUCAGAGUAUUCAGCUGACUGCGCAUCGCUUUUUCACUCGACCAUCGUGGACACCAGUGAGGACGAGAGGUCCAACUACACAACCAACCGCUUUGGAGACAGCGAGUCCAGCGAGGAGGAGUACGUGGAGGAGAGCUCCACCAGUGGCACCGAGGAGAGCGGAGGAGGCGGGGCUGGGGGCAGGGGGUGGGGCCAGUUAGGGGUGGCUGGCUCCAGAUCAACGGGACAGGAAAUGACCCCGGCUCAGGCGAAGGCCUUCGUUAAGAUUAAGGCGUCUCACAACCUGAAGAAGAAGAUUCUGCGGUUCAGGUCGGGUUCUCUCAAACUCAUGACCACCGUGUGAUAAUGGAGCAGAGCCAUAACAGAUGGGUGCCUUUCCCACACUCCCCAGGUGUACCUGAACACACCUGUGAUUGGACAGGUGCUACCGAUCCACCAAACCAAACUGUCACCAUCUGUCAAAAAGCAUGUGUGACUUUUUAUACGCUCAUCAAGAAAAGCAGAGUUUCUCUUCAUUGCCUCCUUAAUUUCACAUCCUGCUCGUCAGUGUUCAGUCCGACUGCUUCAUGUUGACCAGCCGAGUCCAUGUGAACGACCCAGAGUUGUGUUCUGAUGUCAGGUGUAGAAAUGAUGCGAUGUUCAUCACCUCAGCUGCCUUCUCCUCUCGUACCUGUAAAACAAAGAGCAGUCUCAUGGUGCAAAGUGUCAGUGACCUCACAGAAAGUUACACAGUUACCACAUCAACCACAUCUUCUUAUCAACUUCCUGUUUCUGAAUCUACCUGCGUGAGGUGAGGUGAGGUGGUUACACGUCCUGCAGCUCUGGUCUGUUCACAUGGACAACAAAUCAAACGAGUCCUGCAGUCAGGACGAAUACAGCAUCAGACCCUCUCUGACAUUUAGUUUAUUACGUUUAGAUUUAGCCAAUCAGAUUGGCCUCCUUCACUCCUCUGUCCUUCACUCCUCUGUCCUUCACUCCUCUGUCCUUCACUCCUCUGUCCUUCACUCCUCUCUUCUUCACUCUGUCCUUCACUCCUCUGUCCUUCAC